GAAGCGUUCGUGCUGAAUAUAACAUAUUGAAGAUUAUCAACAAGUCGUGGUUUCAUAAAUUUUAUUUCAAAAUUAUUGAGGCCAAGUAACUUAGUGUUUGCGUAGCACGUUGCAAAACUGGGAAGUGGGAAAGUUUCUUCUUAUCGUCUCUGUUGUUUUUAAUGUGUGAAGAUACAGCAGCGGUGGUUAUAGAUAAUGGUGCAUAUACCGCUAAGCUUGGUUUAUCCUGUCACGAUGAUCCGCAGAUCAUGCCGAAUUGUAUAAUGAAAGCUAAGGCUGAACGACGGCGUGCAUUCAUAGGCAGUCAAAUCGAUGAAUGUCGUGAUGCGUCAGGCUUGUUCUAUAUUCUCUGCUUCCAGAAAGGCUACUUACUCAAUUGGGACAUACAGAAAACUGUGUGGGAUUAUAUAUUUAGUAGUGAAGGCUCAGGUAUUUCUUUAGAGGACCGCAAUGUUCUGGUUACUGAACCGCAGUUAAACUUUCCAAGCAUACAGGAAGCUAUGGUGGAGAUAAUCUUUGAAGAGUAUCAUUGUUCUGGUAUACAUAAAAGCACAACAGCGGACUUAGCCGCAUUUAACUAUUGUACCGAUAGCGAAGAAACGCCUUUGCAAUCUCUAAAUUGCCUCGUAGUCGAUGUAGGUUACAGCUUUACUCACAUCGUGCCUUUUGUGUGUGGCAAAAAAUUGUUGAAAGGUAUACGACGAAUAGAUGUGGGUGGUAAAGUUCUUACAAAUCAUUUGAAGGAACUGAUUUCGUAUCGGCAUUUAAAUGUAAUGGAUGAAUCAUAUGUAGUUAAUCAAAUCAAAGAAGAUGUGUGCUUUGUAUCAGAAAACUUUGCCAACGAAAUGCUUUGCCAUACAGAUAAGAGGAAACGCGACGAGAUUAUAAUGGAAUACGUGUUACCAGAUUUCACGUCGGUAAAACGUGGUUAUGUUCGGAAAAGAGACGCCACACAUAAUUGUCUAGUGGAUGAUAGUGAUCAACAAUCGCUGAGACUAUGUAAUGAACGAUUUACGGUGCCUGAAUUACUUUUUCAUCCCACUGAUGUAGGUAUAAAACAAGUGGGUAUACCAGAGGCUGUUAUAGAUGCUCUUAAAGAAUGUCCCGUCUAUACUCAUCAUGAGUUACUGCGCAAUAUUUUGGUGAUAGGGGGCAGUUCACUAUUCGCUGGAUUUAUACCACGUCUAAAAGCCGAAAUUAGAGCCUUAGCUGCAGACGACUUGGAGGUUUCCAUAAUUUUUCCUGAAGAUCCGAUUGCUUAUGGUUGGUAUGGUGGCAAGGAAUUAGCUUUGAGUGAUGGUUUUAAAGACAUUUUACUUAAAAGAGAAGAGUACGAAGAAAAUGGUUACUCGGCUUGUAAUGAAAAAUAAUACAUUUUUAGUGUUUCAAUAC